GUAAUUUCCUUAUAAAAUUGGUGGUGCUUGUUAUUAUUCAUAUUUUUGAUAUUUUUUAAUAGUUAUAAGACGUUAGUGCUGAUUCGAUCGUUAUUUUUCGAAAUCUAUUAAAUUUUUUUAUUCAUUCCUAUCGUAGAUUUUCAUACGGUAUUGUUAAGGUUUUCGAUAUAUUUUUUCUUAAAUUGUUAGUAUGUUCUAAACUUUCUUCACUAUUCGAUAACGAAAAGAGCUCAAACUUUUUUACAUUAAUAAAAGAAUGGCAGAUUCUGCUAGUGAAUCAGAUUCCAGUAGCAUUGAUGGUGGACCCAUCAUGAUGCCACCCAGUCCCAUAACUAGGGAGCAACUUCAGAAGCGCAUCGAAAGUCUUCAGCAACAAAACCGGGUGCUGAAGGUAGAGUUAGAAACUUAUAAGUUACGAGUGAAAGCGCUCCAAGAGGAAAACAGGGAUCUUAGAAAGGCAUCAGUUAUAAUACAAGCGAAAGCCGAACAAGAGGAGGAAUUCAUCUCAAACACCCUCUUGAAGAAGAUCCAAGUGCUCAAAAAGGAGAAAGAAACACUCGCUCAUCAUUACGAAAGAGAAGAAGAAUGUUUAACCAACGACCUAUCCAGAAAGCUGACGCAGCUGCGUCAGGAAAAAUGCGCCUAGAACAGACCCUCGAACAAGAACAAGAGUGCCUUGUGAAUCGUCUCAUGAGAAAGAUCGAGAAGUUGGAGGCCGAAACGUUGGCUAAGCAAAGUAACUUAGAGCAGUUGCGUCGAGAAAAGGUUGAACUCGAAAAUACUUUAGAGCAAGAACAAGAAGCUCUCGUCAAUAAACUGUGGAAGCGAAUGGAUAAACUCGAAGCGGAAAAACGCAUGCUGCAGAUAAAGCUCGAUCAGCCGGUGUCUGAUCCAGCCAGUCCUAGAGAGAUCAGUAAUGGCGAUACUGCCAGUAAUCUUAGCUCGCACAUUCAAACGUUACGUUCAGAAGUGGCCAGAUUACGUUCCACUUUGGCCAUGAGCCAACAGGAGCACACCCAGAAGAUGCAGCGUUUUGCCCAGGAGGAGAGAAACAUUAAGGAAGAAAAUUUAAGAUUACAAAGAAAGCUACAGCUUGAAGUGGAAAGAAGAGAGGCAUUAUGCAGGCACUUGUCCGAAAGCGAGAGUUCUCUAGAGAUGGAAGAGGAGAGACAUUAUAAUGAACAGGUAUUAGGCGUGAGACAGCACACUGUCUCUCCAGUACCAGCCCCGUAUAAUCCAUCGCCUAGUCAAAGUCGCCCAUUGAGUCCAGGUCUAAAUACAUUACAAUCUCCGAGAGACUCGCUAGUGGUAGGUCCGCCUCGUUGCCAUUCUUGCGGACAGUUGUUGAAUCAUCCCGUGAAUCCGGCCUGCAUUUCUGCUGCUUUACAUCCAGUUUCCUCGGGUAGUCCUACGGCACCGCAUCGCAGACCCAGCGAAAGGUUUAUUAAACCGGCAAUACCAGCUGCACCGCCUCAGCCCGCUAGUCCAAUGGACACUUCCGUCAAUAAAGACUAGUAAGAUAAAAGUGAUAUUUGGAUGUAAUCGUUCCUGGUGUUUAAACAAUUAUGCUAUAACGUACGUGCAGAGCUCGAGUAUUAUUCGAAAUUUCUCCACACGUCCAGAAAUAAAUAUCCACCAGAUCAGGAGCAGCUGAUUAUUAUUCAACUUUCUUAGUUUAACAUUAUUUUUGCUUUGUCACACGGUUUUUAUAUAAUAUAUAUUCAUGUACUUACGCCAUUUACAUAUUUCGGGGCUCUCCUAUUUCUGGCUCUAGCUAAACCUUGUUCAUUAUAAAUAGGCGAAAACGUUACAAACAUAGAUAGUGUUGCAUAGUUUCGGGAAUUGUGUCAUGUGGAAGUGUAUAGGGACAAAUUUGGGGCUUUAGUUGCAAAACGACAAUUCUCCACUAUCACAAAUUUUACAACAAACGCGAAAAACUAUAUCUAUCUAUAUCUAUAUCUUUUAAAUACUGUACCAAAAAUAGUCAACAUUCCUAUUGGUUGUCACUGUAUGUACGAGAUAUCAUAGUACUUUUAACGCAUUUUCAAGACAUAUGAGUGGAUCUUUGAGACAUCAAUUUUUUUCAUCAGCAGACCAUUUCUCUUCGAUUAUGAGGCGAUGAAUCUCAUUGCUCUCGCCUCUUGUAAUAUCGUAAGUCGCCUAAGAAUCUCUAUGUUGAUUUUAUGUUCUGCUCAAGAUACUCAAAUCAUUUAAAUUUUUUUAACUUGCCGCAAUGUAUUUAGCUACUAUCCACGACAUUUCGAUGCUUUGAUGAACUCUAAAUUGUAAGAGAAAGAUCAGACAUCGUGAUUGCACGUCUGUUUUUGUUACUAAAGUCUGAUGUCUUCUUCUUUGGGUCCCGUACGCUAUACAGCGUGUAGGCUUUCAUCCUGCUUGUCGAAUGCACAGAGAUUCCGCCUUUCUUAUUAUCCUAGUUAUAUCAGGUAUGCCGCACCAGUUUCUUAUUUAUCUCAACCAUGAAUGUUGCUUUCGUUCAGAGCCUCUUCGAUCUUCAACUUUACCGAUCAAGAUAGCAUUUAGGAGAUCAUAUUAGUUAUUUCGUAGAAUAUGAUCCAGUCAUAUUCGCUACUUAGCGAGAUCUAACAAUUCUCUUUGGAUAUUAGCUCUUCUUAGGACCAUUUGUUACAUGGUCAACUCAAUUCCCCAAUUCUAAGUAGCCUUCUGAGACAUCACAUUUCGAAAACUUACACACAAUUCAGAGAUCUCGCUUCAAGUGACUAGGUCUCACUUCCUUUCAUCAGGAUGGGCCAUAUACAGCAUUUCAAGACCCGUAUACUACAGGUUUAAGGAACUUCAGGACGAAGGAGGUAUUUGCCAAAAGUUAACGGAGGUGUUUCCAGCCAUUGCUACCCUUAUCUUCACUUCCAGGUCACAGUCACGCUUAUUGUUUAGUAUAGCUCCAAGGUAUUUAAAUUUUUCAACCCUUUCAAUAGCUCUAUUAUUUAUAUUCAACUGAGCUUCCAUAUGGGGUUGUCUGCUGAUUAUCAUAUAUUUGGUUUUUGCUAUGUUGAUGUUACGCCCGAACUACUCUCAAUCAUCUCCUACUUAAUUUAUGAUAUUGACUAAAUCUUGCAUUGCAUAUAAAGUCUGAUGUAUGUACUUUAAUUUGAAUGGUAGCUUUUUGGCGCUAAUUGAGUUUUUGAUGGUAUUGAGAUUUUGUGCGUCGAUCCCGAUUGAUCUAAGGAUUUCAAUGAGCUUAUGAUGUCAGUCGCUGUUAAACGCUUUUCUGCGGUUUAUGAAAUAAACGAAUACAUUUAUAGCUGUGUCCUUUCAUCUCAGCACAAAAAGAACAGCAUGUUUUUAUUCGUUACUGGAGCCAAACUGUGAAGAACUCAUCAGUUGUUCACAAUGUGAUGUUUUGUGUUUCUUUGGAGAAGUAACAAAGCUGAAUUUCCCUUAACCAGAAGGUAUUGUAUCAUAGCGUUAAAUUAGACUGAAAAUUGCCAUAAUGAGUUGUGAUCUGCGCCAUCUGGCGGGUCCAGGAAAUCUUCAAUUUUAUCUCAUGUAUCUUAGAACGUGAAUCGUGAAUCUUAGAACAUAAAACCGUAGGAAUAAGCUUAAAAUAUGUAAUUAUGUGUCGGAAAAGUCUAUGACUAAUAAUUAAAGUCUUUAGAUAAUGAAGAAAAGCACAGCGUGAGCAAGCAGUAUAUUAUGCGUCAUAAAAUAUUGAGCGCAAUGGCCACUUCCGUCUCAACAUAGCCAUGUCGGUAAUAGAAUGUAAUAUCUUUUCUCUGGUUUUCUAUUUUAUGAUGUGAAUUGACAUGUUGGGCAAAUUUAUUGAUCGUCCUAUUUGUAAUAAACGAGGUAUAAACGUUUUUUAUUCAUUAAAUGUUUAUAAUGUGACGCAAUAAAGUAAAAAAUAUUUUUUGGUAAUUCCACAUUGUUGCCAAAAUUUCGUGGCAUAGCCAUUUUCACAUGUCAUGUGAUAUUUAAAGUUGAACAAUGAAAAUUUUAGUUUAGAAGUAUUUUCUAUGAUAUUUAAAGUAAUGGUCAUUUCAAAUGUAUUUCCGAUAAGAUAGAAAGUAACGUUUGAAUGUGUCUGCUACAUUAUUUUAAUAAUAAACUUGCAUUACUCUACACUUU